AUCUUCUCCCCUAAACAUCCGAACAACAAAUCUUCUUCACUACUUUGAUAUACAUAUUUCAGAGAUGGCGUGGCCAUAUCCCUGAGGUAGUCUAGUUGCCCACGCUAUUUGCCCCAUUCAACGAGAGAAACUUGAACAGAGGACGCAAUUGCUGGGAUACAUUUAACACCAUUAGUGGCGGACCGACCACUCGAACUAAGGAAGCUGUAAGGACUUGGAGACCAGAACUGUCUCUAUUGAAGACUUCAGUGUGCCUGGGCUUGGUACCGGAAAGCAGAAUUCAUUAGAAAUUGCUUGGAAACUGUAGAUACUCGGUAAGCAUCUGCAACGUAGGAUACCCCGCGAGGAGUGCCGUGAUGAUACCAUGUACUGACUAUAUAGAAGGUUGUUAAUACAGCCACUCUCAGAGAACCCUUUCCUGCGAACAUACAAACACAUACACAUGGCUUCUAUUGCCCCUCCUCCACCAGAAGUGGAAAUCCCACCCACCACAAUCACCAUCGACAACGAAACCUACCCCAUCGUAGAAAUAUGCAGCACAGGCGACGUCCUCCUCGAUGUAUCCUUCGAAAACACAAACGCAUGCAAUAAAUCCAUACCAGUAGAUCUCAUCCGCAAGCUGAAAACGUCCAAAUCACCCAUUCCCUCGCCGAGAAUCUUUUACCGAGUGCGGUUGGAUACACUGAAGAAGAGCUCGGAUUACUUCAAGCAUCUUUUGGGACCUUCAUUUGCGGAAGGGGCUGCCGUCAUUGAGGCAUUCGAGAAGCUUUCAAAGUCUGGAUUGAACCCUACCGAAAUCGAUGCGGAGCUUCUGCCUAGGAUCGAGAUUGUGGAUGAGGAUGUGGCGACGAAGACGUUGGGUAGGGAAGUCAUAUUUGGGGACAUGUUGCGGAUAAUACAUGGUGCAGUAUGUUGGAUAGCCGAUUUCUUUCCGGGGUAGGGUUGACGAAAGACCUAGGAGCAUACCACGAAACCGAUUAUGUUGAACAUCCUAACGGUACUGGUCGUAAUGGCAGAUCGAUAUAGUGUUCUAUCGUUGGUCUCUCGAUAUUUCCAAAAGACUUUCAAAGCAUACAAAUACCCCGCAACCUUGGAUAAGAAAGCCGAAGAAAUUCUACGCCAAAAGAUCCUUGUAUUUUACCAUACAGAACAAUCCCUCAAUUUCUGUGCUGCCACGAGGGAGUUGAUCCUCAGAGGUUCCUUAAGAUGGACGGGUGCAGAGGAAACCACAGGUGAUUUUCAAACCGCAUGGUGGGACCUCCCAGACGGCCUAGAAGGUAACGCCCAUCCAACCCUCCCCGCUCUUCCACCCGCCCAAACUGCGCUAACCCCCUUCCUUAGCCGAACUAGCCCACCGCCGCGCCUGUGUCCUCCGCACCAUAGCCUCAAUCCAAACCCAAUGUCUGACCCUCUACUCCUCCCGAGACCUCCAAUGCAAACUCGGCUACGAGUCCUCCCACGCCUGCGACUCCUUCCAACUAGGCGAGAUGAUAAAAUUCCUCACUCGCAAAGGUCUCCUUUCCUUAAUCCCCUUUCAAGCCGUAAGUCCAGAAGACGAUGAGUAUAUAUGGCCCGAAGCAUACUCGGGUGAUGCAGAAACCCUAAUGGGACUCCUGAGACAAUGUCCCGGAUACCAGGUCAACGAGUACCACAAGUACUGCGGGCUCCGCACCAAGCUGCUAGGUCCAUUAGAGUACAUAAAAAGCUGUAUCGAAGUCGGCGUCGGUAUCUCUCUCGGAAGAGGGAAAAAUUGGAUGAACGAGUCUUGGAUUCCUUCCCCUUCCUCUUCCAUAUCCAAGACUAGCUUCUCUCCUAGGAAAGCAUUUACAGUUGGCACCACAGAUGAAGAGGAUACCUUCGACUACGCAACCGUGAAGAACAAAACGAGUAUGAUGGGACUAGGAGGCGCCAAGGCGGCAAAAGAGCUGUUCACGCAGAAGAAGUGGAAUUGGGUGAUGAAUGAGGAGAGGGGGGGUAUUGGUUUUGAGGAUGUGAAGCCUACUUUGAGACCUAGUGUUAAUCGGGGAUUUGAAAGUGGGUUUAGAUGGUAGAGUUUAGAAUAGAUAGUUAUGAGAGUUGUUUAUAAUUGGG